GGUUAAGUCUUCGGGAGAUGCAAAAAUCUCAAACCGUGGGCGCCAAGUGAAAGGUGACUGUAACUGGAAGUCAGUUUCGAUUCUUUCGACGAAAAAAGGACUUUAAUUGCUCGAAAAAGGACAGUCUAAAAAUCUCUGCUGUCUCGCUUCUCUCUAUUUCCAAAACCCGCCUGUUUCCUUUCCCUCUCUCUCUCUCUGCUUUUUAUUUUACGCGUGUAGUGUGUAUAUAUAUUCAAACCGAGAUGCGGAGAUUUGUGAUUGGCAGAGCUAGAAAUCUCUUUGAAACUUCGCGUCAAAACUAUCAGUUUCAACGGCCCCUACUCUCCUCUUCUCAAUCCCCAUUUCGUUUCUUGUCCUCUACUCCUGUUGCUGACUCCCCUUCUUCUUCUCCGUCUUCAUCAUCCUCUUCAACAAUGGCUCCUCCUGUUACUGUUAAUACCAUUAACCCCAAGGUCCUAGAAUGUGAGUAUGCUGUCCGUGGCGAGAUUGUCUCCCUUGCCCAGAAAUUGCAAGAAGAGAUACAGACUAAGCCAGAGGCUCAUCCCUUUGAAGAGAUUCUGUACUGCAACAUUGGUAAUCCUCAGUCUCUUGGUCAGCAGCCGAUAACCUUUUUCCGAGAGGUUCUUGCAUUAUGCGACCAUCCAUCCAUUUUGGACAAAAGUGAAACACAGGGUUUGUUCAGUGCGGACUCCAUUGACCGGGCUUGGCAAAUUCUUGAUCAAAUUCCUGGGAGGGCAACUGGUGCCUACAGUCAUAGCCAGGGUAUCAAGGGACUACGUGAUACUAUUGCCGCUGGAAUUGAGGCCCGUGAUGGUUUUCCUGCUGAUCCAAAUGAUAUUUUCUUGACAGAUGGUGCCAGCCCUGCAGUGCAUAUGAUGAUGCAGUUACUGAUAAGAUCUGAGAAGGAUGGUAUUUUCUGUCCCAUCCCUCAGUAUCCUUUAUACUCUGCGUCAAUUGCUCUCCAUGGUGGAACUUUGGUUCCAUACUAUCUUGAUGAAGCUACAGGUUGGGGUUUGGAAGUAUCUGAGCUUAAGAAACAACUGGAGACCGCCAGAUCCAAGGGCAUCACAGUUAGGGCCUUGGUUGUAAUAAAUCCAGGCAACCCAACAGGACAGGUUCUUGCUGAGGAAAACCAGAGGGCAAUUGUGGAGUUCUGCAAGCAAGAAGGUCUUGUUCUGCUAGCAGAUGAGGUUUACCAGGAAAAUGUUUAUGUACCUGACAAGAAAUUCCACUCUUUUAAGAAGGUUUCCCGGUCUAUGGGUUAUGGCGAGAAGGAUAUAUCGUUGGUAUCUUUUCAGUCAGUUUCAAAAGGGUAUUAUGGAGAGUGUGGAAAAAGGGGAGGUUAUAUGGAGGUUACUGGGUUUGGUGCUGAUGUCAGGGAGCAGAUAUACAAAGUGGCAUCGGUGAAUCUGUGUUCUAACAUCUCUGGUCAAGUUCUUGCUAGCCUUGUCAUGAGUCCUCCCAAGGUUGGAGAUGAAUCUUAUGAAUCCUACAGUGCUGAAAGAGAUGGAAUCCUCUCAGCUUUAGCAAGGCGUGCAAAGACAUUGGAAGAUGCCUUCAACAAGUUAGAAGGUGUAACAUGCAACAAGGCAGAAGGUGCAAUGUAUCUCUUUCCCCGAAUUCACCUGCCCGAAAAGGCAAUUAAAGCUGCUCAAGCAGCAAAAACAGCACCAGAUGCAUUCUACUGUCGUCGUCUCCUCAGUGCCACUGGAAUUGUUGUUGUUCCUGGUUCUGGCUUUGGGCAGGUUCCUGGCACGUGGCAUUUUAGGUGCACAAUACUUCCUCAAGAAGAGAAGAUUCCGGCCAUUGUCACCCAUCUAACAGAUUUCCAUAAAGGUUUCAUGGAUGAAUUUCGUGAUUGAGUCUGGGGUAGCUUUGGAAAGAGUUCAGAAUAAGACUGUGCCCCUUUUAUAUAGAUGGAUGGACACUGUGUUAAUGCGUUCUUUUUUCCCCCCCAUCUUGACGGAAAGAUACCCCAACAUUGUAAUGUUGGCAUGUCCACCAAGUCUUGACAUUGUAAUGUCUUGAUAAAAAACAUUGUGAUCAUUUGUUAUAUGGCUGGUCAAUCCUCUAGCUAAUAGUAGUUGGAUCAUUGAUACCAAAUUGGGUGAUCAAUGCCCAAAAUAUGGUACUUGAGUGAACGGCAAUGUUUUGCCUGCUUUAAUUGUAAGACCAUGGACUCAUGUGAUCUUCGGAAUUGGGAUUAUGGCAGAUAGAAAAUUGAAGUA